AUGGCUGAGCACAAGAAAGAUUUGGAGAAGAAGACCAAACCCAUCUUAGAUACUCUGAGGAGCUACCAGGACCUGCCUCCGGAUAAAGCUUUAGCUGCCUUAGCAAUCGAGGACAAGAAAAGGAUGUAUGCUGCUGCCGAAAAAUAUAUUGAAGAUGUGUUGCAAUCAGCCCUUGCUACGUCAGAUUGA